UGUCACUCUGUUGACUAUUUCUCAAGCGAGUGUGAGAUUGUGUAAAUGUUGCCUCCAAUAAGUGACUGCGUCCCAGAUGGUCUGCAGUCCUCGGUCGUCCUAACAGCUGGAAAUGCAUGCGGCAUAUUUGGGAGUGCUGUGCCUCAUUUGCUCAUCCGGAGCACUGGGUGCUCCGGGAAAGAGGCAUUGUCGAGUGCCCCCUUUGAAUAAUGGCUUCCUCGUUCCUGACCAAGACGUUUACACUCACGGGUGCCAGAUCGGUUAUAGGUGUGAUGAGGGAUACAAACCGGCGGUGGAGGGUUGGUGGCAGUUGGUGACGUGUCAGGAUGGGAAAUGGUCUCAUAAACCCCAGUGUAUUGACGAGACGAACUGUCUGCCUCUGCCCAUCCCAAAUGGGAAAUACACUGUGGAUGAACAGCCUUGGUUUCCAGAUGGUUUUCAAUUAGAUACAACCUGCGACACUGGAUACACACACAAGUCCGGGCUGAACCUUGCUGUCUGUGACAACGGGGAAUGGUCCCGUCGACCUGCCUGUGAGAAGAAAGCAGACGCCUGCGAUGACCCCCCGAGGAUGCCGAACGCAGUGGUGGUCGGUCAGAGAUACCAAGCUAUAUAUGAGCAAGAUACGCAACUCCAGUACGAAUGUGAGGAUGGCUACACUUUUGAAGGAGCAGCGCCCAAUAAGGCCAUCAUCUGUAGAUCUGGGGCGUGGUCGAGUGCGGACCCAUGUGUCAAGAAAAGCACGCCAAAUCCAGACCACUCUACUUCGGGCGGUUGGAGUCGACCAGGAGGAGGUUCUUCUAGCGCGGUGGUCGAUAAAGAAGAAGCGAUGACAAGUACCGGCAAAUGUGGACCGCCUCCUGUUAUUCCAAACGGUGAAGUAGUUCUCCAGACCAGAUCCUACAUCAAAUACCAGUGUGCUGCCUACUACAAGACAGAAGACCCGUUUGUUUUCUGCCUAAGCUCCGGAUCCUGGUCCAAAAUCCCCACUUGUAAAGAAAACUUUUGUUUGCUUGAGACUGGGAAGUAUGCAAGACUGGAAAAUAAUGGUGAUAUAUACCUGAUGCACAAAGAGACGAGGAGACUGCUGUGUAGCAGGGGAAAGUAUUGGAAUUCCUAUGCUGAAGCAGAGUGUAAGGAUGGAGCUCUGGAUGUGGGAGAGUGCUGUACUCGUACGUCUUUGAACCUGGGAAUAUGCUAACACCAGAGGAGCAGCUCAUGAACGCGAUGAACAACCGUCCACUUGGUUUGUCAAAACGAAUCAGUUAUAGUACUCAAAUAAAGUCCGUCACCUCA